CCUCCCGCUCAAAAGCGACAUAUAACAACAUAUAUUAGGACAAGAGAUAACAAAGAAUUCCACGUUCCAUAAAAAGAACGAAGAAAAUUAGAACACAAGAAAGGGCAUAGAAAAUCUAACUCAUGUUUGCACAUUAAUUGAAAAUUUAUAUUAUUUCUUUGUUGUUAAUUAAUUAAUUAAUUAUAAUGUACAAUAGCUAAAGGUGAGGACAACCUUGGUUGGAAUAUCAAAAGUUCAUAAGUGUAUAUGGAUAAAAUCUCAUCAUGGAUUGUGCUCAUGUUUUCUUUGCUUUCCCCUGUUCUUGUUCUUCAAACUUGCAUGUAUACAUUAAGAGUUGCCAGGGGGAGCGCUCUGCUGCUGCCAUGGCGGCGUUGGUUUCAUGGGAUGUUGUUGGGCGCGGCGACAUGUUGAAGGGUUCCCUUCCGGCGGCCAUUGUUGUUUGUGGGUGGGUGAUUUUGAGAACUGGGUUCUUGAGUUUUUGGCCGGUUGUCGGUCGGUUAGGCCAUUUAACCGAACCGCACGCCAAUCUGUCGGUCGCCCCGGUUUAACCUCGCCUGAACCAAAAACCGCCCGGUCGGUGGGCGCUGAGGUCGGUCGGUGGCCGGUGGCUCCUGGUCAGGUCUCGGUUUAACCGAAAACCGAGAAUUUGGUUUUCGGUUAAACCGAAACCGACCAGUUGCCAGCCCUACUCCAACCCAAUUGGGUUGGGUAUGAAAUCCAAAUAUAAUGAUAUGGGUAGAGUUUGAUGGGUUUGUACCCAUACCCAUUUACUUUGGGUUGGGUUGGGUUUAUAACAAAUGGAUUUGGGUUUGUACUCAUGCCCAAAUACAAAUUACAGUUUGGUACGUAAACUUAAUAGAUAUGCAUAUUUAGUACCUAAAUUUACUUUUUUGCAUAUAAGUCCUCAAAAUAUCGAUGAAAAUUACGUUUGGGUACCUAAAUAAUUUUGGUCUUACAUUUUGGUAUCUAAAAUUUUCAAAUUUUACAAAUAGGUCCAAUUUUUGCAUGUGUAGUUAAAACACUUUUAAGUAAAUGGAUAUCCAUAUCCAACUUAUACUCAUUUAAAUUAUGGAAGCAAUAUUCAUAUCUUACCCCAAAUAUUUCACCCAUAUAAUUAACCAUGGGUGAUUGCACAGACUACACAUACACAAGACAUACACACACCUCUCUACUUUGCUCAUUAUCUGCAACUGUAUAACCUUCUUCUUCCUUGGGAGUGAAAUUGCUAACAGCAUAAGCAGCAGACACCGCCAUGGCCAAUUUCACCUUCAUUACAUCAGACCUUCCAAACCCAACCACCAAAACGUUGCUUCUUAGCACCGUCCCUACCACCGCCGGUUUCUGCUCGUUCAAUGGCUCGCUACACCCAUCGACCCUAUAUUAUUUCCCGUCUUCAACCUCUCCUUCCCUUUCAAUGAAUUCUUCGCCCGAGAAACUGCACGCCAGGAGCACGAGAAGUCGGCACGGCUUCGACUUUUGUUGCAAAGCAAGUGAAGUGGCGAAUGCCCCAGUGGAAGAGCAAAUAGCUGAGAUGGAAGUUGCUGGUGGUUACACGAUGACCCAGUUCUGCGAUAAGAUGAUAGAUGUUUUCUUGAACGAGAAGCGGAGAGCGAAAGAAUGGAGGAAAUACCUGGUGUUUAGGGAAGAAUGGAAUAAGUACAAGGAUAGAUUCUAUAGCAGGUGCCAAAUGAGGGCCAGCAUGGAGACUGAUCCUGCUCUGAAACAGAAGUUAAUUUCACUAGCAUCCAAGGUGAAGAAGAUUGAUGAUGAGAUGGAGAAGCACAAUGAACUUCUUAAGGAGAUCCGGGACAACCCAACUGACCUGAAUGUAAUAGUUGCAAAGCGGCGCAAGGACUUCACUGGGGAAUUUUUUCGCCACCUUGGCCUUCUUUCAGAAACCUACGAUGGUCUGGAGGACCGUGAUGAUAUAGCAAGACUUGGAGCUCGGUGCUUGUCUGCUGUUAAUGCGUUCGAUAGUACACUGGAGAAUCUGGAGACAUUAGAAUCUGCCCAGACCAAAUUUGAUGACAUACUAAAUUCACCAACCAUUGAUGCCGCAUGUGAAAAGAUAAAAAGCCUAGCCAAGGCGAAGGAACUUGACUCAUCCUUGGUUUUAUUGAUAAACAGCACAUGGGCAGCAGCAAAAGAGUCCACUAAUAUGAAAAAUGAGGUGAAAGAAAUAAUGUACCAAAUAUACAAGACUACCAAGAGCAGUCUCAGAAGCAUUGCACCAAAAGAAAUAAAGCUGCUCAAGCAUUUGCUGAACAUCACAGAUCCGGAAGAGCGAUUUUCAGCAUUGGCAACAGCUUUCUGUCCUGGUGACGAUCAUGAAGCCAAAGAGCCAUAUGCCUUAUACACAACCCCCAAGGAGCUGCACAAGUGGAUCAAGAUCAUGCUUGAUGCUUAUCAUUUGAGUAAGGAUGACACAGGUAUUGCAGAAGCAAAACAGCUUAGUCAACCGGUUGUGAUGCAGAGGUUGCUGAUCCUACAAGAAACUAUCGAACAGGAAUACAUGGAGAAGACUACAUUUCGAACGCAAACCAAAGAUGGAGAAAUCUCAGGAUCAUGAGUGAUGUCGCCAUUUUUUUAUCUUGAUACUGCGUUUUGAACUGUGCUGAUAGAGCCAGAGAUACAGAACAGUGAAGCUACAUAGCAGCCAUUUCCUUAAUGUUGCAGCUUGAAACUCCAAAAACAAAAGUAUACGAGAGCUCUCCAUCUGCUGUAUCAACUUUUAUAGUAGUCUUGUUGUCCAGCGACAAUUCGUGGCAUUGGAGCUUUGCAAUUGUGCUAGUGAAUUCCAUUGUGACCUCAGUUCCUUAUGGCCCUUUUUUUGUCCGUUGAACAUUUUUGUUUACCUAUCCCCAAUUGAACUAGGUAAAAAUCCAACUGUGAGAUCAGAGAGAGUUGAUUGUUGUCACGGAAACUUGAGAAUAAAUGAAACAAAAGAGUCCCAAUGAACAUGGUAAGGUUGACGGUCUUUGGACACCAUAUAUAAUAUUAGUAGGAAGAGAUUUUGAUGUUGCUUGAUUGCCCUGAUGACUUAGGAGUAGGACUAGGGCUCUCACUUCGGGUUCGAUCGUUUUGGUUAAUUGAAAACUGAACUAUUUAAUUCUUGUUAUCGGCUAUUAUCAACAAUUUACAUUUGUUUUGCUCUUUUUGAAUUCGCUUCGAUUAAAAUUGAAAAGCUGAUAAGUGACUUACUAUAAUCGAUAGAAAAAUUACAAUAAAGAACGAGUUCAUUAUGAUUCAUUGUGAUUUACAAACUUUUAGUUAAAAAUUCAUGCUUCAAAUAUACCACUCUAGUAUAGGUGCAAAUUUUUUGAAUUACAACUUAAAACUAAAAAAAAUACAACCCUUUAAAAUUAAUAGCAACAAUUAUUUAUGGAUAGUAACCAAGCAUGUUACUGUCUGGAUAUGCACCAAGCAAAUGUGGUUGUAUUCCUUGUAUAGGGGGAAGUCACUUACUUGCAUAUGAAUGUUUAAACUUUUUUUUCCAUAGAUAUUCAAUGUGCGUUGGUCAACAAGAUGUUGAAUCAAUAAUGAGAUGGCCUGUUUCGCCACAAUAUGAGAUGCCCUUAUGUACCUUUUUGGCUUGGACAAAAUCCACGACUAAAUUCAACCCUUUGCAGGGUGAAAGCCAUGGACUGAGCCCAUACUGUCAAACGAAAACACUGCAGCGAACUCCUUCAAAAUAACAAACAACAUAGUAGGGUUGACAGAAAAUGAUAUUUUUAAAUAAGUCCUGAAGUCUAUGAAAAUGAUAUUUUUUAAUACAUAAUUUUUUCAACUUACAAUCUAAUACUUAAACCUUAAAGUUUUACAAACAAGCCUAUUUAUAUGUAGUUAAAACAACAUCGAGAAAAAGGACUAACCAAUACCCAAAAAGAAUGCAAUAGAAAUAUUAUUACUUACCCAAGUCUACCCAACAAAUAUCCAAAUGCAUAUAAACUUGACUGAUACCCUACUCAUAAUUAAUGGAUUUACUUGAAUCUGGUUAAACUUAUCCAUGAGUAGGAAGUUUUCAUCUUUAGUUCGGUGGGAAGUUAGCAAAGUUUAUCGAUACUCUCAUUGGCUUCUACUCGCCUGAGCUCUAGUUAUGAAUGCAUGUGCUUACGUGAGGUCUUGUCAAAUAAGGUACCAUAGUGUUGGAUACCUCUUUCAAUUGUGUGUUUACAAUUAGUGUACCAUAUUGUAGAGCAUGUCAGAAGCUCUCAAUGGGUGUUCUAUGUUGACUAUGCUCUAGUCAAGUAUUCUAUGCAGAGUAUUCUAUGUGGGAGUGUUCCCUACCAAGUCCCAAAAAUAAUACUCGGAACCCAUCUCUAAGGAUAUCCUGAUGAGUUUAUCCAGAUGCUUGCAAUCAUUGACCCAAUCAUUCCAGACAAUCCACGUUGAGAGACGUUCCUAAGGAAUUUAUCUAGAUCUUCACGUGUUGGUUCACAAAGGUAUCUAGCCAAAGAAGAUCUAGAUGAGUGAUCUGCCUAAAUUUAAUGAGUGAUCUUCACGUGUUGGUUCACAUGGAUCAUUGCAGUGCAACUUUUCUUCAAACUUACCAGAGCAGUAGUCUCGCCAAUUUGAAGGUAUUCAUAAAGAGAAGCAGCUGAUGAACCAUAAGCUAGCAUGCGCAGAGCACCAUAAAAUUUUACCGCAUGUUAUAUAUACUUGUUACCAACAACAUCAACUCUUCUUAAAAUUUUUUGGUCAACCUCUAACACACUCCUCAAAAUGCGAUGAAACAACACAAUAUACAUAUUAAAACGUCUUUGAAUGUUCGCUCAUCGUAUUUGGCAUCCUUUCAUUUGGACCAAAGUAACCAUUCGUCAAGCAUUGAUGGGAAACUUCUUUAUGAAAUCUAAUGAAGUCUCGACUGACAUCUUUUUGGAGAAGUGGUGCACGUUCCUCAUCCUCCAUUUGCUGAAGUUCCAGCUGGAGUUCGUGGUCAAACAUUUCAUGCUUUGUAUACUCUUGUUCAUCAGACGUGAAGAUUGAGAUGAAUACAUGAUGAUCUGUUGUGGGAAAUAUUAGAGAAGUGAACAAUGGGGUGGUAUUGUUCUCCUUUCAAGAAGCUAUUUUUAGAUACACAAUUGAAUUGGAGGUAGAUAGUACAUGAGUGGUGUGAGUUGUUUCAAGUAUUAGCACUUGACUAUACUAGUGGACAAUUUUGUAUAAAGAUGAAGUGAUAGAUUACUGAAUUUUUGGAAACAAGAUGAGUGGCAUGAGUUGUUUCAAGUAUUAAUAAUUGAAUAUAGUAGUGGGAAAUUAUGUAUAAUGAUGAAGUGAUGGAUCACCGAAUUUUCUAGAUACUAUAUGAGUGGUGUGAGUUGUUUCAAGUACAAAUAAUUGACUAUACUAUUGGACAAUUAUGUAUAAAGACAACAUGAUAGG